AUGCAAUGCACAGGAGACAUGGUUGAUAUGUCUGAUUUCUAUCAUAAUUUGAAUGAUUCUGAUAUUAAUAACGGUGAUGCAGAAAAACUCCUCCAAGCAUUCAUCUGUACAGCUGAUCCAAAAAUUGGAAGGGAUAAUCCAACCUCAAUAACACUAGAAAUGUUAUUAAGAAAAUCAAAAUACUUCAAAGUGUAUGUUGGUCGCAACAAUGCCUUUGCGUAUAUGGAGCAUUACAUCAAAGAGAUUUCAAAAUUAGAGAAAAUACUAUCAAUAUUCAAUGUACCAAGUGAUCCAGACUAUUUAUAUGUAGAAACAGAAACAUUUUUCUCAUUAGACAAGUAUUUUUCCGAUUUAAUAUACAAAAUCCCUGCACCUAUUGAAAUUAUUAAGAAUUUUUGCAAUUAUUUCAGAUUCCACACUAUCACAUACAAAGACCAACUAUUUGGUUCAUUCACUUGCCCUCCUUUUAUUGAUGAACCAGCACAAAUUAUAGAUAUAGACUUAAUUCGCGGAAAAGCAAUUAUAAAGAAUCGCUCAUUAGUUAAUACAGAUUUCAAUAGCAAAGAAUUUACCUCAAAACAACUUUCCGAAAUUAUUUCUUCAGAAACCAAGCCGAAAUUAAAAGAUAUUAUAGUCAAAACAUCAUUUUCAGGAGAUUCCACAAAAGGGGUGCUAUACAAAGGAGCCACAUUCAUUGGAGAAUUUCAAAUUCAACAAAUCGACUUAAGAAUACUAAAAACAUGGAGUUCUUCAAUUACCACUGAACAGAUGGACUCAUUGUUAGAUGAGACAGCUACUCGUAUCGAAGUCAAUGAGUGCUUUUCACUAUUUUCAGGUGCAUUAAUUAAAUUCUUUCCAAAGAUCAAAGCAUUGCCUGUUAAAGUUGCUAAACCAAAGCCAAGUGUUGUUAAACAACCGGUUAAGCCGGCUCAAAAGCCAAGACCACGUCCGAAACCUAAAGAUGAAUUUGCUCUUUUAGAAAAGGAGCUAAAUAACAAAAUACUAAACAAAAGAUUCGGUACUUCAGUAUUUCACUACGAAGGACAGGUCGACCAGCUUGAAAACGAAGAUCUUGAGCGAGCUCUUAGGAUUUGCCAGUCCUGCUUAACAACUUCCAAAGAUAUAAUGAAGGAUUUGAAUAGACUGAAGAAGACAGCAACUGAUAAACAAACAGAUGAUCAAUCAACUAAAAAAGAAAAAUUAAUUUCAGAUAUCGAAAAGCAUCUUAAGAAUGAAACAGAGAAACAGCAGAGAUUGCUGGAACUCAUCGAUAAACUCAAUAAUAAAUUGGAUCAAGAGGCCAAAUUUUCAUUAUCAAGUUCAUCUGAUUCAGAAACCGGCCAAGACAGCUCUGACUAUGUUGUCAAGUCAAAGUCAAAGUCGGGUUCCAAAUCUUCUGAAAAUUCCAACAAGAUUUCGGAGGUCAAAACCGAAAUUGUUCCAAAGGAGUCGAUUUCCACCCAAACAUCUCCUGAAUUUCUUGUUAAUCAGUACCAAACUGCUCUCUUUGACAUCAAAAACUCAAUUACAAAAUUAUUACAAGAUCAAUUCCAGAAAUCCGUCAAAGAAAUCAACUCAUGCAAUGAUAUAUCCAAAACACAGAUCAAAGAAAUCAUUGUUUCUGUUAUUGGAGAAUUUCAUAUUCAUGAUAGCGAAACUUUAUCAAAAUUACUUCUUCCUAAGUUAGAUCUCAUUUCUAAGCAUCAUGAAUCAUAUUUCAUUGCUCAGAAACGAACUUUCAACACGAUUUACAAAUUAAUUCAAGAAACUUUGGCUAAUUACGAGAAAUUGUUCACAAAGAAGUUCGAUGUCAAUGAUGCAGUCCAUGUGUCUAAUAUUCAAGACAUUGUAUGCGAAAUUCUUGAAGCUACAAAAAAUCAUCAAAUUAUUAAGAUUCCGAACCAGAUUGUUUACAGAAAUCCAGCUGAUUUGGCUCCAUUAUUCAGUGGAGAUAUAAGUACUGAUUUCGAAAUUAAUGAUCUCGCGAUUUUCGAAAACAAAAAAGCAAUUGUCACUUUUGUCUCCGGAAAUGGCGUUAUUAUAUUGACAGAAGAUAAUAAGACAGUGUCUGUGCAGAAGAACAUGCUUAAGAAAUGCGAUCCUGAUGGAACUGUCUAUGAUUCUCAGAAAUUCAGAGUUCUCCCUGGAGAUAAAGUUAAAAUACCUGAUGAAGCUGUUGUUAUUAAUACUUGUGGUGGAAUUGCCUUCUGUAGAAUUGAAAAAUUCGGUGUAAUUGUUGCAGUUCAAGGAAAAGAUAUUAAUUUAUAG